AUAUUCGGUAGCAAGGCGGAUCUGCAGCUUCACACGCAGAUUCACAUGCGCGAGGCGAAACCGUACAAGUGCACGCAGUGCUCCAAGGCGUUCGCCAACUCCUCAUACCUGUCUCAACAUACGAGGAUCCACCUGGGCAUUAAGCCAUACCGUUGCGAGAUCUGCCAACGGAAGUUCACCCAGCUGAGCCACCUACAGCAGCAUAUCCGCACGCACACCGGCGACAAGCCGUACAAGUGCCGGCAUCCUGGCUGCACGAAGGCGUUCAGCCAAUUGAGCAACCUACAGAGUCAUUCCCGAUGCCACCAGACCGACAAGCCGUACAAGUGUAACUCCUGUUACAAGUGCUUCUCCGACGAGCCGAGUCUGCUCGAGCACAUACCGAAGCACAAGGAGUCGAAGCAUCUGAAAACGCACAUCUGCCAGUACUGCGGCAAGAGUUACACCCAGGAGACCUAUCUGGCGAAGCAUAUGCAGAAGCACGCGGAGAGAACGGACAAGAGACCGCCGAUCAUCGGUACGGGCCUCAGGCCAUCGAUACACGCGAUGACCGCCCAUCAUCAGGAUCAUUAUUGGCCCAAGGUCAGCCCGGAUACGGUGAUCGGGGACUUGCACGAGAGGUUGCCGCAUCAUCACGCGGAGUACCACCAGAAUCAGAAUCCGGAGAUGCUGCUGCCGGGGCAUGGGCAUCGCGCUGGCGAGUCUAUAGAGAACGACUCGAGGCAACAGACGCCACAGCCGGGCGCGAAUCACCAUCCUAACAGCAGCUCGGCCUUCACGCCCAUAUCGUCGAUCUCUAUCAAUUCGAUCUCCUCGAUGCAGCAUCCGCUGAAUCCGCUGAAUCACCUGCACUAUCCCGGUAGUCAUCACCCGGCGUCCCGGCCGUACCUCUACGAAGCGUUCAACACGACGCAGAAGUCAUCGCCGACGUCCUCGUCGUCCGGCGUGACGCCCGGCACCACCAGCAACCAGAACGCCACGUCCUUCCCGAAUCAGCUGAUCAGCCUUCACCAGAUCAGGAACUACGCCCAUCAGCCGAAUCUCGGCAAUCUGGGCAACCUGGGGAAUCUGGGGAACUUGAGUAAUCUCAGCAAUCUCAGUGCCACGAUGGAGAGUCACGCGCUACUAGGCGGUCUUAAGGAAAAGCAGUAAUUCUGUUUGGUCUUUGGAGAUUAACCUCGGAAAGCACUCGCGCGCGCG